AUCUGUGCAGGGCUGGGCGCGGGGCGGCCCCGACAGGAGCGCUGGCCACGCCACGCCGGCCUGGCUCCGGCUCUCUUCGCCUUCGCGGCGCAGCCCCAGCUGCCCAGAGGGAAAUGCCCGAGGGAGGGAGCCUCCCGUGAAGCGGACUCCGGCGUCCGGGGAUCGUUCGCUCUCCCUCGGCCGGCCCCAGCCCUCCAGCCGCGAGCGGUUCCCGGCGGGCGGGAAGAUGCACCAUGGGCUUUGAGAACAGCACGGGCGCCGGAGCGCCAACGCCGUGGGGGGCGCCCGGUCUUGCUUUCCAGAAGGAGCCAUUUGCUGUUGGAGACCCACAAUCCAUGCAUAACCUCUCUGUUCAGCCCUGGCAGAUGAAGAUGGCCAACCUUACCUAUGACAACUUCACCAAUGGCAACCGAUCUGAAGGGGACAUGCAGCAUCCUUCCAACCACUACAAAACAGUGGAGUUGGUCUUCAUUGCCACGGUAACCGGCUCACUCAGCCUGGUCACUGUGGUGGGGAACAUCCUGGUCAUGCUGUCCAUCAAAGUGAACCGCCAGCUCCAGACUGUGAACAACUACUUCCUUUUCAGCCUGGCCUGUGCUGACCUGAUCAUCGGGGUCUUCUCCAUGAACCUCUACACGGUCUAUAUCAUCAAAGGCUAUUGGCCGCUGGGGGCCGUGGUGUGUGACCUCUGGCUGGCACUGGACUAUGUGGUGAGCAACGCCUCUGUCAUGAAUUUACUCAUAAUCAGUUUUGACCGGUACUUCUGUGUUACCAAGCCCCUGACCUACCCGGCUCGAAGGACCACCAAAAUGGCAGGGCUGAUGAUUGCAGCAGCUUGGCUAUUGUCCUUUGUUCUCUGGGCGCCUGCCAUCUUGUUCUGGCAGUUCAUUGUUGGGGAGAGGACAGUCCCGGAGCGGGAAUGCUACAUCCAGUUCCUAUCUAAUCCAGCUGUGACCUUUGGCACAGCCAUCGCUGCUUUCUACCUCCCAGUGGUCAUCAUGACUGUGCUUUACAUUCACAUCUCGCUGGCCAGCAGGAGCAGAGUGAGGAGGCACAAGCCCGAGGGCAAGAAGGAGAAGAAAACUAAGCCACUCAGCUUCUUUAAGAGCCCACUGAUCAAACAGAACAACAACAACUCUCCCAAGAGGGCACUGGAGGUGAAGGAGGAGGUGAGGAAUGGUAAAGUGGAGGAUCAACCCUUAGCACAGACAGAGGCUGCAGGUCAGCAAGAGGAGAAGGAGACCUCCAAUGAAUCCAGCACAGUCAGCAUCACCCAGACCACAAAAGAGAAGCAGGUGGCAGAAAUCUUACCAGCUGGGCCAGGGCAGAGUCCUGCCCACCCGCGGGUUAACCCAACCUCCAAGUGGUCCAAGAUUAAGAUUGUCACCAAGCAAACUGGUACUGAAUGCGUCACAGCCAUUGAGAUUGUCCCAGCUAAGACAGCGGCUAACACUCUCUCAAACAAUCGCCCAGCCAAUGUCGCCAGAAAGUUUGCUAGCAUUGCCAGAAGUCAGGUGCGGAAGAAGCGUCAGAUGGCAGCCAGGGAGAAAAAAGUCACCAGAACCAUAUUCGCCAUCCUGCUUGCCUUCAUUCUCACAUGGACUCCUUACAAUGUCAUGGUCCUUAUUAACACCUUCUGUGAGACCUGCGUACCCGAGACAGUAUGGUCUAUUGGGUACUGGCUCUGCUACGUCAACAGCACCAUCAACCCAGCCUGCUAUGCCCUCUGUAAUGCUACUUUCAAGAAGACCUUUAAGCACCUUCUCAUGUGCCAGUACAGGAACAUUGGCACAGCUAGAUAAGUUGGCACUGAGGUUCUGCUUGGCAGGAUUACAAAGACUCAUUCCUUUGCCUAUCCUUUUCGGGGGUUCUCUGCUCCCCACCCACAAAAGAUGCAGACUGUUCAGAGAGUCCACAUGAUGCCCUUCUCCCAGUGCUGAAGAAAAUCCAAAGCAGCUGUAAGAUGCAGCUCUUUCACUUGUUCUCAGCCUGAGGAAUUAUCUAAGGAGCCCUCAGACAUACAUAAAUCAAAAAGCAGCUCCUCUUCCUACACAAUCCCUGACUCUGCACUGGAAGAAAACAAGGAAGAGGGAACACCAGAGGAGUAUCCCCACCAACAGAUUCCAUGGUUACCCUGAACCCCAUGUUGCGCCCCCCUCUGGAGAUGUUGGCUGAAUUGGCAGCUAUCUUUGUUCUCUAGGUAAAACCGUGGAGUUUCUAAAUGGGGUCCUGCUGAUUACACCUGUGUGUGGGGUGAAGUGUCAUUGUACAAUGAGACAUGAUGUAACUGAAAUACCUUCUUUCACUCCUUGAGCAUCUUGAUGCCUUUGCAGUGUGCAUGGAGAGAAAGUUCCUGGUGUCAGGAGGGGUUCAACGGGGUCUUAAACCACAUACUGCCCAAGAGAAAAAGAAAUAUAGAUCAGCCACCUUGUCAUACAUCAGGUGUCAGCUGAUUCCUUUUGGACCAACUUGGACUGUAUGGAAAAGGCCUGUUAGAUGACCCAGACCAUCUCCCUAGGGCCAGGACAGGCUUGUUCCCGAUCAUGCAUUCUCUAGCGGCUUUGAACAUCCCAUGGCUGGGUGGGGUUCUCACCCUUUCCCCUGGGGUGGUGCUCCACAGCCUGAGCCAUCUGCCGGUCUGAAAGUCUUUCCUGGGAUUCAUCCUUGGGGUUCCCUUUCUGAACUCCAUCUCAUCCCUGCAGGAGGCACACGGAGAAAGACUUGUUUCUAGGUGAUAAGCAUAAAAUCAAAUGCCACCCUGAAAAACAAGAGAGCUUAAUACUGCAAAGAAAAAAAUGUCAGUGUGAGAGAUUGAGCUCCACAGCCCUGAGGGAACGUGACCUCUGAGAACUGUGCCUGGCAGCGUUAAAAAUAAUUGUCCUUGGGGCCUGCGCUGCUCAGAGGACAGCAGUGCAGAGCAGCCUGCAGAGGGGAGAUGCUGCUGCUAAGGAUCAGAAGGAAGUGGGGAAGAGGCCGUGGAGUUGCCUGGUGUGGCCAAGACUCCCUUAAGGUCAUAUUGGUCACCAUGUGUGUUCCUCUAGUGGAUGCAGAAGGGACACUUUCGCCUAUGGGGUUCUGGACCAUGGGGGAAGGGACAGGAAGGCGUGACAACGUGGACCUCCCCAACGGCUACUGUCCUGGGUGUAGACAAGCACCCAGAGGUGUGAGAAGGAGCUGGCCACGGAGCUUUGUAAAUGGAUGUAAUCCUCUCAUCAGUGUUGUCAUGGAGUCCUCAGCAUGUGGGGUUCAGUGUAAAUGUACAGCCCAAAUCCUAGCGUAUUUGUGUACAGGCCAAACCAAUUAAUGCUGUUGUUCAGCCUCUCCCAAAGUCAAACGCUGUCCCUCUUGGGCAGAGUCAGACAGCUGUGUGGGGCACAGGCACUGUCCUACAUGGCGGGGGGGGGGGCAGGGGAGGGAUUACACAGGUGUGUAAUGUCCAUCACUGGCUGGGCGGGACUACCGUGUGUCAAUACAUGGAGGGUCUCCAUUCCCCCACCCCAGCAAUACUGUGCAACUUAGACAAAGGCUGAUGUUUUGCCCUGCGAGAGCGUCAGCCUCACUGCCUCUGCCUUUAGGAUAAUUUGCAUAGUGUUACCCAAAAUGCCUUGCAUUUUUUUUUUUUUUAAUCCUUACAACUCCAGUGGAACCCACUUAAAUGAAUAAAGGA